CUCGAUCUUGGUCAUGGCAACCGCAUGAUCCUAAAACACCGAAGGCAAGCAAGUGCAGCAUAUGCUACAGCAGUGACCAGGGUAGAGAAUGCAGCUGGCAGGCAUAUGAUAAGAUACAUUCGAAGCUGAAGCUGAAGCUGAGCCUGAGCGUUUGAGGGUAUAUCAGCUCACAAGCUGUUUGCAAUGGCAGAGGCAGUGGCUUCAUGGGGUGGGGUGAGUGAGCAGGCCUGGGUCUGGGCAGCGCAAGAUGAAGUCUUUGUACCGGGAUCGUGUCUAGACGCCUCUCGCUCAGUACGAUCCCUAUCACUUCGGCACCAGGUCUGAACGACGAGCAACUCUGCGAGAGACCAGACGAUGGCCGGAGUGGUUAUUUGGGGGUUGACUGCUUGGUUUUUGCACAGCCAAUAUCAUAAAUGGAGGAAGGCGGCAGCAAAGGAGAACGUUCCACGGAUGAUCUCUAACGGAAACGAAUGGCAAGAUCUUGAAACAACACGGAUCACGAAACGUAGAAUCUACGGAAGGCUGGUCUAUGGGAUAUAUGACAGGCACAAUAGUAAAGAAAGAUACCAAGAAUGGUGGACCGCUAUGCAGUAUAAACUCGUCCCGCUUGCAUCAGUAUUGUCUGAGUACGAGCAGGAGAAGUAUAAAGAUGCACUCCGGUAUGAGGGAAGGAACGAGUACUUCGGUGUCUUCCAACUAACGACGAACAGUCCUUCAACCAAUGCUCUAAAAUGGGUAGUUGCCAUCCGGGGAACUGAGCUCUCCAAGGUGGAAGAUCUCCGAAACAAUUUCAGGAUAGUUUUUGAGUCUCUGAACCUUUCACAAUUGACCACCAUUCUGGACGUUGUGGUCCGGCGUCUCGUUGCGCAACAUGGGUACCAGAGCGUGAGCGUGACCGGUCAUUCACUCGGUGCCGCAGUGGGCUUGCUGGUAUGCCGGAGGCUGGCCCUGGAGCGCUGUCCGGUCGAGGGCCACUUCUUCAAUCCUCCGUUCGCCCACAUGAAAUCGCUGGUGCAACGUUUGAUUCCCAGGGUAUUGGAGCCCACGAGUGAUUCCGUCUGUUACGGUAUUGCGCGCCUCAAGAGCGUACUUCUCGACGGAGACACCGCCUUCCAAAGAGCAAAACGGGAAUUCAAGACCUUGGCCGAAGCCCGUUGGUAUCCGUAUCUCUAUGUGAACGAAUAUGACGUCCUCUGCAAUAAGUAUCUCAAACACUUCGAGCACGGAAGCGCCGAUGAUGAUCCCGAGAAGUAUUUUUCUUCAUUUCCUCACAUUAUUUUUUGGGAAACGGAGUCUUUCCAUCUAUUUCCUUUCGCUUAUUUGAAUACGAUAAGAAGAGAAAGGCACAUUAUCGGGCGCUUUACAGCACACAAGUUGCGGAUCUGGUUGAGAUCAGAUGUCCCAGGUCGCUUCCAGCAGGUUGAACUCAUCCAACGGCCUUAACUUGAAGGGCAUAGGCCCGCAGGCCGAAUAUUGAUUGGACCUUGCCAAGCUAAGAGUACCGCAGCCUCAGCACACUCCAUGUUCCAGUGUUCCCUGCACUGCGUUCCCGAGUCUCGACGCAGACGCGAUCGGGCCGAAGCCGACAUCAUGUAAGUUCUCAUGAAGAAUUCCAGAACCACUAGUGCUGAUAUCUGGAUCUGAUAGAAAAAACAGAAAUUUCGCGUGUUGCAUAGAAGUUCAAUCGUAUGGUAUCCUCAGAGACCUCGAUCAUUCUGAUUCUCCACUUCCUCCAGGGCAGACAGUGACCCUGAAGCUCUUAUAUGAAAAAGCUCCAUUGCCCAAAACAACUUCUUUCUAGGAAUAAAAGAUGGGUCCAAUUUCGAUCGAUCUCGGAUAUUUACACAGUUGCAUCAAAUGUAGUGUGCACUUUAGUGUGUUGAUGUCCUCUUUUAGGCCAUUCUGAGAAAGUCACAUGAAGCUUGAAUCCAAAGUCAAACCUCGAAGGUAGUCUGAGUCCAGUCAAGAAGUAGACUGGACUGAGACUGUAUCACAGCUCCCGCCAGUUCAACCAAGAGGAGCUGGGGAGAAAAUUACGGAGAGGAGAAACGAGAGGCGUGGAACGAAGACUAGAUCAGAAGCAUAGACGAUAACAUCUUUUGCGUGGUGACCAAAAGCCAACAAUGUGUAUAGAGAACCCACCAACUGCCCAAGUACAUAGACCCUCUCUCUCGUGAAAAAUGGCUACAUACCCUCUGUUGUAAAUGCUACAUCAACUCUAUUGUAAGUGCUACGUACUCUUAUAAAGGU